GAGGAGGAUGACACCUACAGAGAUGCGUGUUCACCGGCGGCGGGGACUGCCGUGGCCAUGUCGGGUUGUGGACCUUUGUACCUCUAUGGCGAGACUGAUGGCUGUGGUGUUGGAGGGGCUAGUUGUGGCGGUGGUUAUGUUGUUUACGACGGGGGGGCACAAUAUCUAUGGCGGACUCUGGCGGCGGCGGAGGAAGACGAUAAAGGUGGCGGCGGUGGUUCUAGUGGCGGCCGAAAGGAUGUCAGAGGCGACAUAAGAAUGGAAGGCGACAGUCGCCAGUGGGCAGCAGUCUAUGAGUCUAGGGUUCUUAGAUCUUCACUUCGAUUUCUCUGCUCCUUGUGCAAUCAAGCCACCAGUAUGGAGGAAGAUAUUGCAGUAAAGUUGGAAUCCUUUCAAUUAUCUGAUCGAGAAAACAAUGACGUCCCUAUUCUCUCAGAGGAUAUACAACACAGUGCGGUGGAAUGUGGCAAAAGUCUAUAUGGUGAGAUCAUUGGACAAAAGAAAGCGCAUUUAGCAAGCAUCCGUAGAGCCAUCAAUCAAAUGUGGCAAAUUAGAUCAUCGGUGAUAGUUAGAGAGCUCAGUCCAAAUUUCUUUUAAUUUAUGUUUUCUUGUAAUGAAGAUAAACUAAAAGUGAGCAAGGGUUGCAAUUGGACAUUCGAAAAUCAAUUCCUAUCCCUAAAAGAAUGGUUUGAAGGAAUCAACGCAGUACAUCCCUGCUUUCAAGAGAUCAAAAUAGGGGUUCAAGCAUGGAAUCUGCCAAGUCACUGGAUAUCAGCAGAAGUGGGGCUGAAAUUGGGCAAAGUCUUUAAAAGAGUCUUGGGUGUUAAUGACCCAAAUGGAGGAGUAUUAGCAGGAAAAUGUGUUAGAAUCCUGGUGGCCUUAGACAUGAAUCUCCCAAUACUCAGAUGCACAAACAUACAAUUGGAUGACCAAAGGAUACAAGUUCUCUUUAAAUAUGAAAGAUUGGCUGGGAUAUGCUAUUAUUGUGGCUGCUUCGGGCAUGGAGAUCGGACUUUUGAUAAAAGGAGUGCUGAUAUAGCUGCUGCCAAGCUCAAGGAAGGCCUUUUUGGGGAAUGGCUUAAGGCAUCUGAUAUCUUUUACCCAUCACCUUCCUCACCUUCAAACUCAAACACCCACCACAACAAUACUCAUUCACCAAAUUUCAGUAAACAAAGUGCCUCAAAUCUAACUGGAUAUCUCAACUCACCCCUACCUAUCCAAUCAGCAAAACCCCCACAACCUAACAUUCAAACACCCACCUCAAUUAACCAACAGAACACCACAUCCCUAACCUUGAUACCGUUACCCAAAUCUCCCUUAUCCAAACCUUCACCUCCUAACACAGAGCCAAUACCAAUGGAACCAGAACCUCACCAUCCCCCAGAAAGGUCUCAGAUGCAAGAACUCAACAUAAUCUUGAGUGACACCACGAAUACCCAAACAAUGGAAAUGAGCAAGGCCAAGAAAACCAAAGGAUAGAAGAGGAGGCCUCAGGUAGGGAUACAAAUUAAAUCUUCCCCUACCUUGAGAUCAGCUAGUGGCAAAAGGCCUAAUGAGGAGAUCACUGACAACAAACCCAAAGAUAUAGAAGAAGUAUCAAGUGAAGGGCAUCAACAAAAGAAAUUGAAAGCUGCAAUAGAGGAGGUGAUGGUGGCCAGCCCUAAAUGGCCCCAAGGUCAUAAAUGAAGGUUGCGGUGUGGAACUGUAGAGGUGUGGGUGGCCCCUCUACAGUUCCCCAGAUCAAGGAGGUAUGGAGACUCCAUCACCCCCACUUUUCUGUUUUUGUCUGAAACGAAAAAAAAAAAAAGAAUAAUUUCCUUAAUACAAUUAGUAGGAAUUUAGGUGUCAAAGAGAAAUGGACCUCUGUGGAACUUGUGGGUAGAAGUGGAGGUCUCUAUCUCUGUUGGGACAACAAUGUACAUAUAUUUAGGAUAAGAGUUCCUUCCGUUUUGAAGUUGAAUUUUGGGAUGAGGUUAAAGAAGUAGUUUGUUGGGUGGUCUUUAUAUAUGCCAGUACAAAUGGGCAGGAAAGACAUGAGCAAUGGGAUUACCUAAACUCAGCUAAAAACAAGUGGGGUCAGUACUAGUUCAUGGCAGGAGACUUCAAUGACAUUGCCCUGCCAGAAGACAAAAAAGGAGGAAGACCAAGAACCAUUCAAUCAUGCAGACCUUUCAAUGAUUUCAUUCAGAACAUGGGAAUGUUGAAAGUGGGAUUGUAAUGCCCCGUUUGACUAUUAAAUAUUUGGCAAUUAUUUAUCAUUAUUUAUUAUUAUUA